UCGAGCCGUACGCAGCAGCAGCAGCAGUUUUGCCCUCAGGGCUUUUUUUCUCCCCGACGUCGACCAUAACUAACAAUUUGGAUUCACCGCGCGGAUGAGGGCAAUUACUGGACUUAAUCUAUCAUAAUGUCUCCUUGCCGAUCGACCGAUAGUCAAAUGAGUUAAGCAAUGGCUGCAUACAUCUGAGUCCACAGCGGGUGCGAGAAGUGGCUGUUUAAAUGAAUCCCAACUAAAAAAGAAGAAAAGCACUUUCAGCGAGAAGCAGAUCGGUGGACAUCAUGCACAGAUUGGCGGAUUUAACACUCAGAAAGCCACUGAGUGCGUUUGAUUUCGGAUUACAGUGACACACAGGACGAGUUUAUUCAUUUUUUUAAAGGGAGAGAAUUUUUUAGGAGUCUGCUUCUUGCUCCUGUUCGCUGUCCUCCGGAUUCCUGCAGGACUCCCAGAGUCGCGGAGAGCCCAUGCAGUCGCCAAGGGAGAGGAGUGAAGUGCGACCCCGAGCUGGAUGGAUGGUUAUGGGGAAAAGAGGAAGACCCUCGGCGCUUGACGUAUGCAGAGUCCUCGCGCUGUUUCUCGUACUCUUCCCAUCCGUGAGUCUGCAGUGCAAGAUCCUCAAGUGUAAUUCCGAAUUUUGGGCCUCCACCUCAAACUCUGGACCGGAAGAGGAGUUUUGCACAGCGCUGCGAGCGUACAACAGCUGUGUACGCCGGACUGCGCGUACCUGCAGGGGGGACUUGGCAUACCACUCUGCCCAGCAUGGCAUAGAAGAUCUAAUGAGCCAACACAACUGCUCAAGGGAGGGUCCGACAUCCCAACCAAAUGCCCGCACCCCACUUCCUCCUCCGCCCCCACCGCUCCUACCUGACAGCCAGGAGCGCUCAGAUGGACCUGAAGUGUGCCACUAUGAGCGCAGUCUUCCACGCAACACAGCGGGGCCCAACUACACCCACUGUGGCUUCUUUGGAGACCCGCACCUCCGAACAUUUGGUGACGACUUCCAGACGUGUAAGGUGGAAGGAGCCUGGCCGCUCAUCCACAACAAAUACCUGUCUGUCCAGGUGACCAACACUCCUGUAGUGCCAGGCUCUAUGGCCACCGCCACAAGCAAGCUGACAAUCAUCUUUAAGAAUUUCCAGGAAUGUGUGGACCAGAAGAUGUACCACGCAGAGACGGAUGAGCUGCCAGCUGCUUUUGCAGAUGGCUCCAAGAACGGAGGGGAUCGGCACGGAGCGAACACUCUGCGUGUGGUGGAGAAGGUUCCUGGGCAGCAUGUGGAGAUUCAGGCCAGGUACAUUGGAACAACCAUAGUGGUCCGGCAGGUCGGCCGCUACCUGACCUUUGCUGUGCGGAUGCCAGAGGAAGUUGUGAACUCUGUGGAGGAAGGUGAUAACCAGGACUUGUACCUGUGUCUUCACGGCUGCCCUGCCAACCAGCGCAUCAACUUCAGGAACUUCAAGGCUCGAGCGGCAGAGGCGCACAGCGCAGGCAAGACCAGGAGCGGCACCGCGGCACAUGGCUUUACCUACCAGUCCGCCAAGGCCAAGUGCAAAGAGCGGCUCCCAGUGGAGGACCUGUACUUUCAGUCCUGUGUGUUUGACCUCCUCUCCUCUGGAGACAUAAACUUCACAAUGGCAGCUUAUUACGCCUUUGAGGAUGUAAAAACACUCCACUCAAACAGCAAGAGAUAUCACAUCUUUGAAAAGGAUGCAUUUAUGAAUAAUGCAGCACCGAGGAGCAAAGAUUUUCUUUCACUCCUCUUCCUCAACGUCCUUGCUGUCUUUUUGUGGAUUGGGUCUUGCACAGUUCAUCUAUAGUCCCUUCACAACAGUAUCCUCAUGUAUCUGUCAGUGAGUGUUUGAGUACCAUCGCUGUGUCAUACAUCUGCUCCUCUCCUCUGGUUCUGUGACGUGACUCUGUGAGAUGUCUUAUUUUAGUAGUAUUGUCAUGUUUUGACUUCAGUCUAAUGUCAAGACGAGGUCACCGUGCUCCCCAGCUAUCAUCACGUGUAUUUAGCUGCUUCAUAGGACUGGUCUUUGAUGAGAGCAGCGGUGAGAGAGCCCAGCUACUCCAGAGCUUAGGAUAUCCACCUGGGAUUAAAUCCCACAUUCUCACCGGGCAUGCAUGCCUAUGGGAAGCUGGACAAGAUGAUCUUUUGCAGAAAGAAGAGUUUGCUGAUCCUCCCUCCCCUGAUCCACUCAUUGGUGCCAAGCCAGUGAAGCUCUCCGUGGCUCAUGUGGCGAAGCGAGAGGACCUGACAGGGCCUUUUGUUAACCUAAGGCCAGAAGCAGCUCUAUGUUUGAUUAGUUUCCAGCUUUGGAAAAGCCUGAGCCUUUUGGAGGAAGCACUCCGCCAAAAGGAUGUCAGAGCAGCGUCUCCAGUUGUCUGCUGUGGAGAUUAAUGGGUCAUAUUGUUAGGGUGUGUGUGUGUGUGUGUGUGUGUGUGUGUGCGCGUGUGUGUUGUAGUACAAUAUGUAUGCAGAAUUCAGCGUCUGUGGUUAACUUUGUGUGUUAGUGGGUGCAGGAGUCCCCAGAAAUUAGAUAAGAAGCCUCCAGUGGGAGAAAUCCUUCCCAUGUCUUUCUGUUGCACCCACAUUUUCAGAAAUGGAAAGACAAGGCGCUCCACAGUCUCGUCAAGAAUUGGCCUCUGUCAGCCAGGUAGCAAAUCCUGAAAAGAGACUGAUUUAAAAAUAAUCUUUUUCUUUUUCAGUGUCAUACAGCCUUUCACUCCAUUGUUUGAGCUGACAUGUUGAUCAGACAGUGUUUUGUAUUUUAUGUCUGUAAUGUGAAUGUAGCUAACAAGAAAAGCAAAAGAACAACCUUAGGUAAGGGCACUCCAUAGCGUUUACACGAUGUAGAUCAGCCAAUCCAACUGAGACACCUCUUUGAUAGCAUUUUGUGAAUUUAACUCUCCAGUGGUGUGGAUACUGUCAGUACUAGCUGUAAAGACGUCCCCUCUAGUCAGUUUAGCAUUUUAUAGACUACCAGUGUGCUGAACUGACUUUGCGUAAAUGAUAAGCAUAUGUCUGUAGACGUGAUUUCAUGGCUUAAGUCAUUGCCAAAGAACAAGCCCUUGUGCCAACAUUUCCCUAACAUCUGAAUUUCCAUCUUUCAGUCUUAAACAAUUCUCAUUAGGGGGAUUCUUAACUGUGUAUAACUUGUGUUUGUGGGUGUAUCCGCAGUACAGUAACACACUGUAAAAGCAGAACUAGUUUCCGUUUUAGUCUCAACUUUCCUUGCGUGUCAUGAUAACACUUUCCAUUUGAACUUUGGCUCUCAUCUGCAGUGUCUGGUAAUGUGCAAGUUAUCCCUGUAGAUACAGUUACUUCUCGGGCACAGUUUUACGGUCAUUUAUCCUUUACACCGAAGUAUUUGGCAGGCCUUACUACUGCUAUUUGGAACAUUUAAUGGUGCAGUUUGACAACAAAAAAAAUCAUAAAAAACAAAUGAUUGUAUUGUUGAAUCUUGUGUUAAUAGCUGUAAUUUGUGUUGUGAGUUUUACAGUAUAUGGUUCUACACGUGAAAUGUGAGAUUGUACAUAUGUUUUGUGAGUUUAAAUUUGUAUAUUACCAGUUGUGUUUUGAAUUUAUCACUCCUGUUUUUGUACAUCAGAUGUUUUGGUGAAUGUGAAUCUUUUUUUAUUUGAAAAGGGAUUUUUUCAAAAGCAUGAACACUACAAAACAAUAUUCUUGACUGUAUGCAGUAUACUCACCUACUGUAGUUGUUGUGGAGAAAGUGAUAAUAAUGCUGGUUGUCAUCACGUUAUAUAAAACAUGCUGAAUGCAGCCCACUUUAUCUAGAAAGGGAAUGUAGGAGUUCAAGUUCUGGGGUGUUCAUGUUUUUGAGUUUAAAGCACUUUAUGUUUUAUUUUCCAUUUAGCUCUUAUUCUGUUUGAAAUUCUGUGUCAGACUUGUAAUGGUAGAAAAGAGUUUAAAAAAAAAUAGCUGAAUGGGAAAUGCCAGAAAGAUCAAACUGUGUUUGUAUGUAAAGCAAAUGUGGUGCCACACGCCACCUGUUUAUAAUGUAAAUUAUUUAUUGAAUAAAAGAAAAUGUCUUGUUAAUGAGGUGC